AUGAACAAAGAAAAUACAGAAAAGCUAAUCAGCAUAAUCAAUUUGCUAGACAAAAUAUCCGAAAGCAAUGAUGUCAAGAACCCCAAUUAUAAUAAACUUAAAAGUUUUUUUUCAAGUGAAUUAUCAAAGACAUUCGAUAGUUUAGAAAAUCAUAAAUCUCUCUUUCCGUUAAAUUAUGAAAAUGAUGCGUCUGAUUCAAAUACCAACAAAAUAAUUAACGAAAUUAAAAAAACAAAAAGUCUUUUCUAUUUCAACAAAUCAUGUUCCAGUGAAAAGGAAAAACCGGAAUGUCUGAACAAUGAAUGCCUUGUAAUGAGAAAGGGGGGAAGUUUGGAAAAUCUUAUCGAAAAUGAUCUUUGUGUUGAGGGUCAUAUGAAGAAGGAGCAGCAUAUGGAAUCGAAGCAUAGUAUUCCUCAAGCAUGUGUACAUACUCAUGAACAACAUUCCAGAAAGGAAGACUUAAUCGAAAUUGUAAAUAAAAGAUAUACACAUUUCGAUGAUACUCGGGCAGAAAGAAAAGACGCAUCGGAAUUUAUGGAGACGAAUGCUUUUGUGAUAAAGACUAAUCACAUUGCCAAAAUAAAUAUGAUACAUUCUUUUGAUACUGGAGAAUUUUCAUUUGUUAAAGGAUAUACAAGUAGCUUCAAAUAUAAAAGGGACUCACAUAAUAUAUCGAGAGAAUAUUUUAGUGACACUGAAUUAUUAUCAUAUAACAAUUCUAGUAAAAAAAAAAAAAAUCUGCUAGAAAUGUUAAGGAAGAAAAAUGGGACAAAAAAAUAUACGACAAAACUGAACAUGGAUUCUAUGGAAAAUUCAACAUUCACUGCUCCAUUGAAGAAGCACGAAAAUGUUCUCAAAGAAAUUGAUGCAGGUGAGUUCUUGGAUAACAAGGACCUCGCACAAUUGCUCGAAAAAAUUAUAGAACAUUUGAAGUUCAACCUCAGGGAAACUAUAAGUAGAUACGUAAAGGAGAUAAACAAACUAAACAAAAAAAACGGAAACUUAAGCAUCAAACUGGAGACAGCCGUUGAGAAUAACGACGAACAGGCCCAAGAAAUAAGAGACUUGAAUAAAAGGAUAAACCAAAUAAAAGAGGAGAAAACGGAGAUGAACAAACUCAUUGAAAGUUACGAAUUUGAAAUGCAUAUGUCAAAGAAAUUUAAAAAUGAACGAGAAAAUGAUGGAAAAAUAAAGAAUGCCCUUGAACAGGAAAUAAAGAAUUUGAAGAGAGAAUUAAACAUGGCAAAUUCGUUAAAUGACAAAAUAAAUAAUGAAAAUCAUCUUUUACAGGAAAGGAUCAAAAAUAAAAUUGAUAAGCUUAGACAACAAAAAGGAAAACUAAAAAUUGCCAACAAUUUAAUUUUAGAAAAGAGUGACCUCCUCACACAACUACAACUUCCGACGACUGUUCAUAUACCUUCCGUAAAAAUAGGGAAAAAAUACAUAGCACGAAAAAGAACAGUUCCUUACCAGGGGAUAAAGGAAGUUGUUGGCAGACAUCAGAGUGACACAAUUUUAGAUAACUACAUGAGGAUUAAAAAUAAAUUAUUUGAAAGUAAUGAGAAGUGCUAUUUUUUAUCAAAAACGAACCUGGAAUUAUUUAAAGGAUUAAAAAAAAAAAAAAAAAAAAUUCAUACAUUAAAUAAGCAGGUUUCUUACCUGAAAUAUUUUAUGAAAGAAAGGGAAAAAAUAAAUCAGUUCAAGAAGUACAAAUUAAAUGAAGAUAGCACCGAUACUAUUGAUCAUAUGGACAUCAAUAAAAGUCAUAUUCCAUGUGUUGAUGAAUGCAAACCAAAAGUAAUAGAUGAAAGUAAUUCAUUUGUAAACAUAUGUAAUGAUUUUGACAUAAGCAAAUUUAACUAUAAUGUACAAGUAGGGGAAACACAAAGCUUAGAAAAAGUUAUACACAAUAUAACUAAUGAAUAUAAUUUGAUAAAGAAAAAAUACGAAUUGCUAUACAAAAAAUAUUUAAAAUUAUUAGAAAUGGAGUCGAAUAAAAACAAAGAUUUUGCAUUUAUACGACAAAAGACUGAAGAGACAGCACAAACUAAAUGUGGUGUAAUUCAUUCUUUUUAUUUGAAAAAAGGAGAAAAUAAUUUAAAAAAAAAGUAUCAUGGGGAUAUCAAAUUAAUAAAUUAUAUCAAAGCAAAGGUCAUUGAUCGAAAUAAUCUGAAUGUUAAGAAGUUUAGAAAUUAUAAGGAAGAAGGUGUAAAUUACAGUGAUGUUCAGUUCUACGUCUCGAACGAAAUUUUAAAGAGUAUGGAUGUAAAGGAUAUUGUGAACAUUCGGUACAUUUACUCCUAUGGAGAGGCCCCUGCUAACCCUUGGUCUCAAAAUGGAAGCGUACCCAAGUACCAUAUCUGCAGAUGCUAA